GGGGUGGAGUGUGCUCUUCUCUUAUCAUUUCUGUCACUAAAAAAAUGGUUACUGGUGGGUUACUGGUGGGUUACAACCAACAAAUAUGUUUAUGAGAAGAAAAAAAUUAUAUAGUCGGAAUUUGUCAGAAAUAAUUCAUUUCAAGACCAUUUGAUCGGAGGGAUAUUGAAAAAACCUGGCAACCUUGUCUAGUCAUCGGCGAUCAGUUUGUUUUCCAACAUGGCUACAGCAUCUAGUUCGGAGUGGAGAGCCAUCUGCGAUAAAUUCACAUCUGCUCAACAUCUUUCUGAUGUAGAAUCUCGAAAGGACCCGGAGAAUGAUCCAUUUCGUUCUAAGUAUAACGCAAGGGAAUUACUGAAGGAAAUACACUGCUCCUUAAAAAACUUCUAUGUCGAACAUGACAACGAGAGUAACGCCAAUGAAGCCGACCAGCUCCCCACAGAGCAACCUAUUGACGGAGCAAAGGACGAUGCUUUUGGGCGAGGCCACUGUGGAGAAUCCCCUGUUGGGAUUCAAGCAGCUCAACUCGGGGCAAUAGAGUUUUAUUUGGGGGUAAACCAUGUAGAAACAGAGGAGUUGUCUGCCGGAGAGGAACAUUUGAUGAACUGCAUGAAAUUGCUGGAGAAGUGCAAUAUAUCACCAGACAACGUGUCGCUGUUCAUUCAAGUCAGGAAUCAACUUGGAAUUCUGUGGGCUGGCCGAGAUGAAAUCGAGAAAGCCCAAGGGUAUCUAGAGACGGCUGAAGCAAUGUACAAACGUUUCAUGAAAGAGGAUGGAUUGCCUCCAACAGACAUUACUGAGUACUUUGCAGCAGAGGAGGAGAAGUUGUCACAGCAAGAAAGAACCAAACGGUUCGAGAUGGUUUACACCCACACUCUGUACUACUUGGCCCAGGUGUAUAAAAACCUUGAGCAGUUUGAUAAGGCAGGCUCCUACUGCCACUGCACUCUGCAGAGACAGUUGCAGUACAACCAGUUCUCUCCUCUGGAGUGGGCCAUCAACGCUGCCACCCUGUCGCAGUACUACAUCACCAAGAAUCACUACAUGGAGGGCAGACACUGCCUGGCAGCAGCCAGUGUCAUUGCAGGUUUGGCUGGAGAAGUCCCUUCAGAGGCUGCUGCUUUGGAAAGUGAAGCAGAGAGUGAGCGACGAGAGCAGCUGAGACAAAAGAGGGCUGAGAUUGCUAGGUGUUGGAUCAAAUACUGCCUUAACUUGCUACAAGAUGCCAAAAAGCCUUUAGAGGACAACAUCGGAGAGCUGGAUGUGGAUCAUCAGGAGGAGCUGAGGAGGGCCAGGCAGGGAGAAGAGGAGGAGAAGGAGAGGGGGAGGAAGAGUGCCAUCCUCUUUGACUCCAGUGACACCUUCGACUCCAUCUGCGGCCUGGAGGAAAAGGUCAGCUGCACCUUUCCGCUGGACUUCCAGGAGGCCCGAGCCGUGUUCCUGGUUGGCCAGAGCUACGUGAACGAGGCCAAGGAAUACUUUGAGAUGGAUGGCCACGUGACUGACCACAUCGAGAUCCUGCAGGACCACAGCUCCCUGUUCAAGGCCCUGGCUUUCUUUGAGGAGGACCUUGAGCGGCGCUGUAAGAUGCACAAGCGUCGCGUGGACCUGCUGGAGCCCAUCUGCAAGGAGUUGAAUGCCCAGUAUUACCUGCUCAUCUGCCGCCAGCUGCAGUUUGAGCUGGCUGAGACCCACUAUGAGAUGAUGGACCUGAAGCUGGCCGUGGCCAACCGCCAGGAUCAGCUGGAUGCUCACACCGUCAAAAAGUUUAACCAUCUCUGUUCCUCCUCGAUCAGGUACUACCAGAUGUUCCUGGACUCCCUCCGUAGCCCUGAGGGAAAGGUUCCUGAUCGCCUGGAAGAUGAUGUCCUGCGGCCAGCUCUGGUUGCCAGGUUCAGGGUGGCACGCCUUAAUAGCCGUUUGAUAAGUGCGAGUCCUAGCGGCCAGCUGGAGAACCUGAAUGUCUCCCUGGAGGGCUACCAGUCGGUGGUGCAGUACUGUGAGGACCACCCCGAGGCAUGUGCUUCUGUGGAGACAGAGCUGGAGCUCAGUCAAGAGAUGGUCAACCUGCUACCGCUCAAAAUCAAUAGGAUUAAAGCCAAGACGGCAACUAACUAACUGACUGAAUGAAUGGUUUAUUUGCUGAGAAAUAUGUAUUGCCCUGUCUGAAAUGCUCCUUGAAAUGCUUCCUCCCUCAAUCCCAUCCUUGUGGGAAGCCCUGAUUUAAUGGGAUUCCAUUGUUCCAAGGUAAAGUUGUGUACUACCAGGAGUUACUAAGGAGGGAGGUUGGAAGCAUUUUUCAAACAUUUAGACAGGAUUUUAGAGCCUGAUGUCUGUGCACAGCUUGAUUCAAACCUCUGCUAUGUCUGAAGACUCAUGAAGUGUACUCAGCAGAACUAAACACCAAGUCUUUUGGAUGUUUCUUGAUAUAUAUUGUAUAUAUAUGCAAAUCUUUGCUUUGAUAUUUGCGUUUAACUUUGGACCAAUGUAAAAACUAAGACUAACCACUAAUAUGCAUGGCAAUUUCAUUAGUUCACAUUUAUUUAUUUUCUGAUUGUGUAGUCUGCACUGUCAUGUGUAGAUAUGUAAUAAUUCUUGUUGUGAAAAAUGCUACAUGACACUGGUAUUUGGCACUGUGUUUGUUUAACUUCUGCCAAGUGAUGAAAUCAAGUAAAGAUUACAUUUAAAGAUU